GUGACACGUACGGUACCAGGGGCAUUUCUGCAAAGGCCCCGAGGGCAGAACUGAAAAAUGCAGUAUUUGAAAGUCGCGCCCGAAUUGCAGCAUGGCGCCAGUUGUCCAAAAUCCUACGGUACCAAAGGAGGGGUUUGGAAAAAGGGUGCCAGGCCAAAAAUGGGAUGCAGCCGAAACCGCAAAAGAUAGACCAGGGAUCGAGCCCUGGCGAAGUCCGUAACAGUAGCAGUAGCAGUAGCAGUAGCAGUAGCAGUAGUGGUAGCGGUAGUAGUAGCAGUAGCAGUAGCAGUAGCAGUGGCAGUGGCAGUGGCAGUAGCAGUAGCAGUAGCAGUAGCAGUGGCAGUGGCAGCAGUAGCAGUAGUCGCAGUGGUAGCAGUAGUGGUAGCAGUAGUGGUAGCGGUAGUGGUAGCGGUAGUAGUAGUAGUAGUAGUAGCAGUAGUAGUAGUAGUAGCAGUAGCAAUAGUAGUAGCAGUAGUAGUAGUCGUAGCACGAGCAGCAGGAGCAGGCGCAGGAGCAGGAGCAGGAGCAGGAGCAGCGGGAAGAGGAGCAGGAGCAGGAGCAGGAGGAGCAGGAGCAGGAGCAGGAGCAGCGGGAAGAGGAGCAGGAGCAGGAGCAGGAGGAGCAGGAGCAGGGCGAGCAGGAGGAGCAAGAGGAGCAGAAGUAGCAGGAGGAGCAGGAGUAGCAGGAGCAGGAGUAGCAGUCCUAGUGGGAGCAAGAGUAGCAGCCGUAGCAGUCGUAGCAGUCGUAGCAGUUGUAGCAGGAGUUGCAGGACCAGGAGUGGUAGGAGUAGCAGGAGUAGCAAGAGCAGGAGUAGGAGUAGCAGGAGCACCAGGGGCACAGGGAGCAGUAGCAGGAGCAGGAGCAGGAGCAGGAGCAGGGGCAGGAGCAGCAGGGGCAGGGGUAGCAAGAGCAGGAGCAAGAGCAGCAGGAGCAGGAGCAGCACUAGGAGCAUGGGCAGGAGGAGUAGAAGGAGUAGCAGGAGUAGUAUACUAGGAGUAGCGGGAGUAGGAGCACAAGUAGCGGUCCUAGCAGGAGCAGGAGUAGCAGUCGUUGCAAUCGUAGCAGUAGUCGCAGUCGUAGCAGUUGAAGCAGUCGUAGCAGUCGUAGCAGGGGCAGUCGAAGCAGUCGUAGCAGGAGCAGGCGUAGCAGGAGUAGGCGUAGCAGGAGCAGGCGUAGCAGGAGCAGGCGUAGCAGGCAUAGCACUCGUAGCAGGGGCAGUCGAAGUAGUCGUAGCAGGAGUAGUCGUAGCAGGAGCAGGCGUAGCAGUCGUAGCAAUCGUAGCAAGAGCAGCCGAAGCAGGAGCAGGAGAAGCAGGAGUAUCUGGACCAACAGGAGCACGAGCAGCCGGAGCAAGACCAGGAGCAGGAGCAGGAGCAGGAGCAGGAGCAGGAAGAGCAGGAGCAAGAGCAGGAGCAGGAGCAGGAGCAGGAGCAGGAGAAGGAGGAGCAAGAGGAGGAGCAGUAGCAACAGCAGCAGUAGGAGUAGGAGCAGGAGCAGGAGCAGGAGCAGGAGCAGGAGUAGGAGCAGGAGCAGGAGAAGGAGCAGGAGCAUUAGCAACAGGAGUAGGAGGACCAGGAGCAGAAGCAGGAGCAGGAGCAGGAGAAGCAGGAGCAGGAGCAGGAGAAGCCGGAGCAGGUGUAGCAAGUGCAGCAGGAGGAACAGGAGCAGGAGAAGAAGGAGCAGGAGCAGCAGCAGCAGCAGCAGGAGCAGCAGCAGCAGCAGGAUCAGGAGCAGCAGGUGCAGGAGCAGCAGGAGCAGGAGCAGCAGGAGCUUCGCGCCGGACAAAGCGACCGACAUUGUAAGAGGCCGCUUUAUCUUCAAGAUAGUCCAAAAAGCUAUGCAGGUCACACUGGAGAUGAUCUACGAAGAGAAAUUUUCUGAUUGCAGUCAUGCUUUUCAGCCUGGGAGGCUCCACCGCAGCUCUGACUC